GACGGACCCGGGUGGGCGGCGGAUCGAUGGAGGUGAGACAGCCAGGGCCGAGCAGGCCGAGCCGCCCGCACAGCAGGCACGACCAGGCACUCGACGCAGGCAGACGAUCCAGGAUGGCGCCGUCCCCGCCGCCCGCGGGAUCCGGGAGCAUCAUGAGCUGGUUGCACCGGGGCAUGCCGCUCGCCCUGGCCGCGCUGGCCGCGCUCGCGGUGUCCGCGGCCCUCGCCGCCGAGCUGCCCCCGCACGCGAUGCGCCGCCGGGCCGCCGUCGACCAGGCUGCCGUGGACCCGGACGAGCCCAUGGACUUUGACUUCAAGCACCACGACAACACGGAGCUGCCGGACGUGCUGCGCGCCGUGCACCGCCGCUGCCCCGACAUCACCCGCCUGUACACGCUGAGCGAGACCAGCGUCAGGGGCAUCCCCCUCUACAUGGUCGAGUUCAGCGCCAGCCCGCACAAGUGGCAGCCGCACGUGCCCAACGUCAAGUACAUCGCCAACAUGCACGGCAACGAGGUGCUGGGGCGCGAGCUGCUGCUCAAGCUGGCGCACCACCUGUGCGAGCGCUACAUCGCCGGCGACCCGGACAUCCGGCGCCUGGUGAACCACACCCGCAUCCACCUGCUGCCCUCCAUGAACCCCGACGGCUGGCAGAUGGCCACCGAGUCGGGCGGCAAGAACUUCCUCAUCGGCCGCAACAACGCGCACGACGUGGACCUGAACCGCAACUUCCCCGACCUGGACCGCAUCAUGUUCAGCAACGAGGACGAGCACGUGGCGCACAACAACCACCUCCUGGCGCAGGUGGACCGGCUCGAGGCGCCGCUGGAGCCGGAGAUAAAGGCGGUGAUGAGGCUCAUCAUGCAAGUCCCCUUCGUCCUGUCCGCCAACCUCCACGGCGGCGACCUGGUGGCCAACUUCCCUUACGACGAGACGCGGUCCGGCGCCACCUCCGAGUACAGCCGGAGCCCCGACGACGAUACCUUCAGGCACCUGGCCCAGAGCUACGCGUCCGUGCACCCCGAGAUGGCGGACCCGGAGCGCCAGCCGUGCACCGAGAACGACUACAACUUCGGCAAGCAGGGCGGCAUAACCAACGGCGCCGCCUGGUACAGCGUGGAGGGCGGCAUGCAGGACUUCAACUACCUGUCCUCCAACGACUUUGAGAUCACUCUCGAGCUGGGCUGCGACAAGUACCCUCCCAGCGGCGACCUGGAGCGCGAGUGGCUGCGCAACCGGGACGCGCUCGUCAACUACCUGUGGCAGGCGCACAUCGGCAUCAAGGGCGACGUGAGGGACGCCCAGACGCUCCGGCCCAUCGCCAACGCCCUGAUCCGCGUCACCAACGUCACCGGCGGCGUGGAGUCGGAGAUCAGCCACGACGUGACCUCAGUUCACAACGGCGACUACUGGCGCCUGCUGACGCCCGGGGAGUACCGCGUGACGGCCUCCAGCGAGCGGUACGAGCCUCAGACCCACCACGUCGUGGUCACCUCGCGCCCCCGCCAGGAGGCGCAGCGGCUCAGCUUCCGGCUGCAGCCGCUCAGGAACGACAUCGAGGACGCCACCGAGAUGCCCAUCCUCGCGCGACUGGGGUAGUCGCGAGGCGCCACAGGCGGUGGCUGCUACAACGCGUGGCCUCAGCGGCCCUCUCUCGGGCUGCGCGUCUAGUCCGUGGCGGCGAGUGCCCCGAGAGCACCCGAGAGGGGAAGCGCGCAAGUUCCCGGAGCUGGGUGACUCCCCACCAGUCCAGCUGUUUGUUAUUGUGUUUCCCCAAAUCUGAGUGAAAAGUAGAGAAAAUCUAGCACCUUUCCCCCUUUUCCCUCUAAUUUGACCUAGAGACAAACAUAUGUGCCAUCUCUGACUGUCCCUCUGAGAGAAAGUGACGCAAAUAACAGAAGUUGAUGUCCGAAGGUAUGUCGACGUGCAGGAAAAAGCAGAAAGCAGAAUAUGGUCUGAACUGUAUGGGAUGACACAAACGCUUAACUAAAGCACAAAAUUCACCUCUUAAUUUUUAUUUUUUUUGCAGUAAAUUAAAAGAAAUAAUUAGUUUUAGUUUUAGAAGUAUCCUUUCUUGUUUUGUCAAAAUUAUCAGUCUUCCAAGUCAUAUCAAUGUGUCAGAACUAACAAUAAGAGGUGCUCCCCCAUCUGUUAAGGACAAAAAUACGAUGUGUGUGUGGUGCUGUGCCCGUGGAUUGGAUUUCUUACAUACUAGGGUCCUGACAACUCGUUGAGCAUGAAAAUUAUUUAUAAAAGGACUCUAUCCUUUGAACUGUUCGUAAAAAUGAUGCCUCAAAAAUAAUUUUGUGUUUACUAAAUUAUUAGAUGAAAAUAUAGCUUAAAUUCCUGUAGCUGAAUUUGCGUCUGUUUAACCUUGCAACAUUCAAAAUGAUUGGGUUCAUUCUAAAUUUUCACCACCCUCCCGAAAAAAAUAAAAUCUGAUAGAAUAAAGUAUGUUAUUGUUUC